UUUACUCUUUUUAUCUCUUUUUCAGAACAAUAUGGACAAAACGGUUGUCAGAGGAGGUGACAAAAAGAGACUAGGAGAACUUGAGAGUUUGAAAAAAAUUUACCACUGGGUUUCUGAAGAAAAAAAGCAUGUCAGAUUCGGAACUUGGGCUGCCAACGAAAUCGAAGUUCUAAACAAACAUUUACUGCUCACAUCAAAACCUGUGAUAUAUCUAGUGAAUUUAUCUGAAAAAGACUACAUCAGGAAAAAGAACAAAUGGCUGGCGAAGAUCAAAGAGUGGGUGGACAAUAAUGAUAGCGGAGCCGUGAUAAUUCCCCUAAGCGGUGCUUUAGAAUACAAGCUUAUAGAGUUGGGUCCUGAGGAAGGCGAGAAGUACCUGAAAGAACUUGGUACCCAAAGUGCUCUGGCUAAAAUUAUUACAACUGGAUUCAAGGCUCUUCAAUUGCAGUACUUCUUCACAGCUGGAAAGGACGAAGUCAAAGCGUGGACGAUUCUGAAAGGCUCUAAAGCACCUCAAGCCGCAGGGAAAAUCCACACCGACUUUGAGAAAGGUUUCAUUAUGGCGGAGGUGAUGAAAUUCGACGAUUUUAAAGAACUCGGUUCUGAGUCGGCAGUCAAGGCUGCUGGAAAAUACAAACAGGAAGGAAAAAAUUAUGUUGUUAAUGAUGGUGACAUCAUAUUCUUCAAAUUCAACGCUGGUGCUGGUUUAACUGAAAAGAAGAAGGCCAAAUGAUAGUUUAUCACACAACUUAAAUCGUCAUUUAUCAUAAACAUUAAAUAAUUUGUUUCUAUCAACUAAGUCGAUAAUGUAAAUUGGUCAUCGUAAAGGGUCUUUUAAGCUGAUGAUUUGGGGGUUAGUGCUUCGACGCUUGAAACGCCAGCUUAAAAAACUCUUUACGGUGGCAAAUUUACGUUAUAAACUCAGUUGAUAGACCAAAUUAUCUUUUUACACCCCCUAAUGACGCGACACCAUAGUUUCCCUGAAAACUUACCCCCUUUAUUCAUAGAAACUUUGGAACUGAGAACUUUCAGCAAAAAUAGAAGUAUGUUAUUAUUCCAAGACUCAAACUGAGAGCUUUCAGUUUUUGAAAGAUGGAAAAUUCAAAGAUUUUCUAUGUCGAAUCUUUUAAAUUUUCUGAUUAGAGGAUUUGUAGUUGGCUGCAAUUGUUCAUCAAAAGUUGUGCCCAGCGCACGCGUUAAGUUGCUCUGAAACUUGUUAACUCAGAAUUCGAUAAGCUUUUAGGUAUUCGUCUUUUUUAGGGGAGAUCUAGGAACGCACUGCAACGACCAAGCUACCAUUUGGAAAAAUAAGAUUUGAACGUAAACGAACACUUAGACCACUUACUCUGAAGUUGUGCGUGAGGUCGUUUGAAAUUUCCUACAUAAGGCAUAUUAAUCAAAAUAUCUUUGACAAAGAAAAGAUACUGUUUUAUCUGAACAGAUUCUUUUAUUUUAUAUAAAGGAUUAUCGUGUCCUUGUUAGCUCAGCUAAGAGAGAAGGACUCUGUAGCUUUGCAACUUUGUCACGCAACCUUCCGUAGCGAACCAGCUAGAAAUCUUUAAGGGGAAUUGCGUGACGAGUCGUUUAGAAGGAUUUUGUGACGAGUUAAAGAGGUUCUCAAUCUUCUGUGCACGCAGUAUUUGUUUCAGGAGAGUUCAGCGUCACUUGAAGUUCAAGGUAGUUCUAAGCUUAAAAUUCAAAUAAAUGAACCAAGAUUUAAAAAA